GACGGCCAGGCAUCUUUCCUUCACAAUCGGAGGAGCCUGGGACCCCAUCUUCUUCAGCUUUGGCCUCUACCACUGCGUUCUGUCCCCAUGUCACCGAGGCUCUGGGCCUCAGUGUGAGUGGGAUUCUCUGUCCCGAGUCUGUUUCUGGUUCUUUCUCUUCCACUUGAUCUCUGCAUUUGUUAGACCUGGACCUCCAGCUCCAAAAUGUUCCUUCUACUGACCAUACUCCAAGUCUUGGCGCUAGCCCUUGUCCAGGGUCAAGGAGAUGAUAAAAUUCUUGGUGGCUACACGUGUAUCCCGAACUCCCAGCCGUGGCAAGUGGCUCUGCAGGCCGGUCCUGGGCGUCGCCUUGUGUGUGGAGGGGUACUGCUGUCAGACCAGUGGGUCAUCACUGCUGCUCACUGUGCCCGCCCGAUUCUUCACGUAGCAGUGGGCAAGCACAACCUAAGAAGGUGGGAAGCGACUCAGCAGGUGGUGCGUGUGGUCCGCCAGGUACCGCAUCCCCAGUACCAGCCCCGGGCCCAUAACAACGACCUGAUGCUGCUGCAGCUGCAGAAGAAGGUGCGGCUGGGCCGAGCAGUGAGGGCCAUUCCCGUGGCCAGGAACUGUGCUAGCCCAGGGACUCCCUGCCGCGUGUCAGGCUGGGGGACCACAUCCAGCCCCGUUGUCAGGUACCCCAACGCUCUGCAGUGUGUGAAUGUCAACAUCAUGUCGGAGGAGGUGUGCCGUCGGGCCUACUCUGGAAUCAUCACCUCUGGCAUGGUCUGCGCUGGGGUGCCCCAAGGCGGAAAGGACUCCUGUCAGGGAGAUUCUGGGGGACCCCUGGUGUGUGGAGGACAGCUCCAGGGCCUUGUGUCCUGGGGAAUGGAGCGUUGUGCCAUGCCUGGCUUCCCAGGAGUCUACACAAACCUGUGUAAUUACCAAAACUGGAUCCAGAAGACGAUGCAGGGCAACUGAUGAUCCAACUCAUCCAGUCGUUACCAGAUGUCC